AUGGAAGGACUGAAUAACAUGGUCAAGACAACCAAAUUACGAGGUUGGAUAAAGGGUUUUGAAGUGGCUAGAGAAGCGAUUGACAGUCUGGAAGUGACACAUCUACAAUAUACAGAUGACACACUUAUUUUUUGUGAUGCUGAGGAAGAUCAACUAAAGCACUUAAGACUGAUCUUGGUUCUGUUUGAAGGGGUAACUGGUCUACAUAUCAACUGGAGAAAGAGUUUAAUGUACCCUAUUAAUGUAGUCAACAACAUGAGUUGGUUAGCCACAAUCCUUGGAGGUGAAGUUGUCACUCUGCCAGCUACAUACUUGGGAUUACCUUUAGGAGCCAAAUCUAUGUCCAUAGAUAUAUGGAACAAUGUGAUUGAGCAGUGGGAAAAAAAACUAGCCAGGUGGAAAACACAAUACUUGUCUAUGGGUGGAAGAUUGACACUAAUCAAUUAA